AACUGUCUUUUAAAAAUAAUACGCGGGCUUUUUAAACGAGUCAUGCAUUGCAAAAUUGCGGUUACACUGAAUUACAAUUUUACUUGUCAAGAAUUAGCUACGUUUGAUAUUAACUAGUUUAUCCUAAUAAUGAAAAAAAUAUAUAAACGGAUUUUCCCGAGAUGUUUUUUUCAAAGCAUUGGCGUGAAAUGCAGUCAAACAAUACACUACAGUGUAUUUCGACUACCCGCGUAUACUCCUGUAGAUGUGUAAGCUCAAGGUCGCUAGAGAUGGUUGACACAAUUUCGCACGGCUAUAUUUGCAAUCUGCGCUGUUGCAGUCUAAUCAGAAAUCACAGCUGAACACUAUGGCGGAUGCCCACAACAUAAGCUGUUAAGAGAUAGCAUAGCGAACACGAUGACUUUGGUUAUGAAUGGGCUAGUCUUUCUGUUGUAGUAGUGCCGAUUGGAUCUUAAACAUUUUUAUCGGUAAUUAUAAGCAGCCCCCCAAAAUAACGAACUGUAUGGACACAAAAAAAUAACGAACAGUAAUGGGACUUAAGUAGAAACAAAACAAAACAACACAAAAAAUAUACGUCAGAAAAAUAUGGGAUACAAGAUCCCAGGUGCUGGGAUGGAUCGUGUUAGCCUGCUUUGGCGGUUGAGGCGUCGAGCUCGACGAGGAGCUUUUUGCAUGGCUUUAUUUUGCAUGUCCAUGGCUGUCUUGUAUACACUCUGUGCUGAGAACAGCGUGCCCGUUACUGAUGCCAUCUUUGGGGUGAGAGCCAGGACUCGAGCACAGCCCCGAGCACAUGCCAUCGUAAAGGUGCUACGGGGAGUUGGAGCAGCUAAAACUAUAUAUGUGGACCCUCAGAAGCUACCUGGUGUAAUUCCUGGAGAUCCUCAAAAACCUAUUCCUGUUCUAUCAUCCUUCAACUAUACAAUGGAGAGCAGUCACAAGAACUAUCAUUUCAGGAGCAAAGAGAAGCAGACACAUGGGCUUCUCUCCUGGUUCCUGGGGAGACCCUUAAGACAUGCACUUGAGACCAUACUAGGGGGGAGAAGAAGAGCAGAUGUAUUUGGUGCAAAAGGCGAUGCGGAGUUCUUUGGACCACAUGGAGCAUUGGGUGAGAUAUGGGAUGAUGAGAUGUCAAGCACCAUGCUUGGCAAAAGGCUGAGGAAGGUGGUGCAGAACUAUCAGGCAAUGAAUAAAUAUGGAGUGCAACUUUCUGACUCAAAGUUUGCAGCAAGACGACAUAAACUGAGUGGUCCUGAGCUCCUGUGCCAGUUUAAAGAGAUGGUACAAGUCAUCACACUGACACCAGAGAUGAAACCAUUUGCUGGAUUUCCCUGGGCUUCCCAACUGCCUCCACGACCCCUAACCUUGGAACUUGGCCCGUUUAAGACAUGUGCUGUAGUGUCUUCCGCAGGAUCAUUACGAAAUUCUGGAUUAGGAAAAGAGAUUGAUGCUCAUGAUGCAGUGUUACGAUUCAAUUGUGCACCUACUGUAGGCUUUGAGAAAGAUGUGGGCUCUAAAACUACAGUGCGCUUCAUCAAUUCUCAGGUAAUGGCCUCUGAAGAUCAUCACUUCCUUUCCAGUUCUCUAUAUAGUACAGGCGUUUUAGUAGCCUGGGAUCCUGCACCGUACUCCUCUGACCUUAAUGAGUGGUACAACAAGACAGAUUACCCAAUAUUUAAACAGUAUCAGAGGUACAGACGGCUACACCCUCAACAGCUUUUUUAUAUCCUACAUCCCAUUGUGGAAUGGCAACUGUGGAGGAGGGUACAGGACAACAUGGCUGAGCCUAUUCAAAAGAAUCCACCAUCCUCAGGCUUGUUGGGGACAGUACUGAUGAUGUCACUAUGUGAUGUGGUCCACGUCUACGAGUUCCUGCCUUCACGACGUAAAACAGAGCUCUGCCACUACUACCAGCGCUUCACUGAUGCGGCCUGCACCCUGGGUGCCUACCACCCAUUACUCUACGAAAAGAACUUGGUGAAGAGGAUGAACCAAGGUCCUGAUCGAGACAUAUACACUCAUGGCAGGGUCAGACUGCCUGGGUUCAGCACCUUCAAUUGCACCCACACUUCAACCUCUUCCACACUUUCAAAGGAAUAAACUGAGUUUUUAAUGUAUUUAACUUAGUAUUCAGAAUUAAACUGUAUUAAUGGUGCAUGAUUCAUUGUAUAACCAAAAUAACUCACUGAGAAGUGGUCCUACACAACUCUUAUGUUAUGUGGGAAGCUUGACAGCUAGGUCAUAUGCUACUCUGUAAGCUGAAAGUAUAUUUAGUCAUAAAUAAGCAAGCAGUUAAUUACAUUUCAAGAAGUAAUUUUAAAAUGCCUGAGUAGCAGUACUUGUUUACCCUCUCUAGUCUACAUAAGUGAAAUAUAUUUAGAUUUAGUCUUUGGCCAAGUUGCUAGACAAACCUUUUGAGUGCAAUAUAUCACUUGGUAAUAUAGACAACAGCUGCUGCUACUUCUCAGCUGAAUAGGUUUUAUCACGAUUUACAUAACCGUUCCAUUUUUUAAAAUUACACGAAUUUGCUUAUUUUAUGGCUGCAGUAGAAAUCUUCAGAUAUAAAACAAUUUAUUGGACCCACCUUGAGAAUAGUAGUAAUCUAGUAUUGCUAGUUUUUAACAAUGGUAUUCAGCUGAGAGUGGAUGGCAAAGUUACAUUAAAUUGGUCAAAUGGAGGUAAGAUAUCUAAAAGAAUGUAAACCUAAUCUUUUAUAAACAAGCAGAACAUAAUUUAAAUAGUUUACCGGUCCCUUACUGUUGUGCACAUAGUUUGCUGACAGCUGCAAAUAAGAAUAUGUAAAUCCCAACUCAUUACCACAAACACCACUGAAUACUGACUCAAGUCUUACUCACACUUUAAUUUAAUGGUCUAAACCUCAAUAUAAAUAGAUAAGCAAUGAUUGACAAAGAUAUAACACAAGUAACAUGGAAGCAUUGUUUACAAAUGCAUCCCUGUAUUCACACACACACACACACACACACACACACACACACACACAGAGAGACAGAGCUACAAUGGCCUCUAUAACAGGCCACAUCUCAUAUGUAGAUUUGUUCAUUACUCUAUGAGAGUCUGACAGGCUUUAUACCACUGAAGCACUAAGUAACCAGUGCUGGGACUGCUCAGCCUGUUUCUUUUGGAGAAUGUUCUUGCAUGCAUCGCUUAAAUUGCACUGCACCAUACCUUUUAUAAACUUGUUUCAUUGUGUUGUUAUUGUAAAGGACAAGGUUUAGUGAAAGUGCAUGUAUGUUUUGUUUAAUUUUAAGGAAGAUCCCCAGGGCUGUUCAUAUUAUAGUAGCACAAUUUAUUGUUUUUUGCAUAUUCAUAUCACAUGACAAGGGUAAAUAAUUUCAUGCCUUGCUCCAUUUGACCAUUAUCUACGUCUACAUUAACCUAUUUUUAACACGUGAGAAAAGUCUAGUAUUAGGAGCAAAACCCUGCCAUGUUUAGUUUUUUUAAAUAAUAGAAAGUUAGUUCAACCAAAAAUUGGGUCUAUGCACAUUUCAUUAUCUAUUAACAUUACCAAAAUGGAUAACUCUGUCAAGUUCAGUUUGAUUCUUUGUUUAUGAUACGAAUUUAAACUAUAAAUUGGGCUAUGCACAUUUCAUUAACAUUUAAGAGACGAGAACAGUAUAUUUUCAUAUUCUGUGUUUUUUAUGUUUUUAUGUAUAGAUAUUGUUAUUCUCUCAUAUUUUAGUUUUGGCCUAGAUUUGGUGUAUUUCUGUAUCUAGAAUGCUAAUUUAUUGUAAUAUUUUCUCAGCAGACUAUGUAGACACAGGUACCAAAGCUUUAUGAAGGUUUUGCUAUAGGUUUCCUUUCCAAAGUGCCCAUAUUGGAAAUACCCAUUUAUCUGUUGAUAGUAUACAUUAAAAUAUUAUUUUUACUGUACAUGAGAACUUGUGUGUAAACUGCAGCUUGUUACGGUUUUAGGCAUGGCUGUUGAAUUGUCCAUGUCUCAUUUUAUUUAUACUGUAUCGAAGGUUGACUUGGAGUAGAUAUGACCAAUGUUCAUUCACAUUUUGGAUUGUGUGAUUAAUAAACUGAACACAACAAAUGUUAUCCAGAGAUACUCA